AUGCCGUCUUCACCUCGAACCCCGGGCGCACGUCGAGCACCGACCAUGCACCUGCGCACCGUCCUGUCGACUUCACCAUCUGGCUUCAACCUGCUGCCCACGCUGCGCAUUACGUCUCUCCUCGUGCUGAUGAUACUCUUGCUCACCACGCUGCCCAUCACCACCUCGGCACCGGUGCCGGAGCCUGAGCCGGGAACGAUCGACCUGCUGCGGCUGCUCAGCGCGCGAGCUUCGGGCGCAAACACGGUCGAGUCGCUCGCACGCACCGAGGCCGAGCAAGCUGCACGGCACCUGCCCGUGCGCACGUACCGGGACGCCGAGGUGUACGUCGACAACGCCGUGAACCACGCGAUCAACGAUGCGGCCCGACAGCAGCAGCUACGCGACAGGCUGGGCGGCGUGGGCUCGCGGCGCGCGCGCGUCGUGCUGGCCAACAACGACGUCGCCCCGCGCCUGUGGACGGGCGCCGGCAUCGAUGGCAGACCGGGCACCCAGGCUCCUCCCAACACGCCCGAGCACAAGAACCGCUAA